GAAAAGAGAUUCAUCCGCCACAGGCUCGCUGCUGCUGUCUUCUGUCACGGUUAUCUUCUCUGUCCAGUCCGGGUCGUCAAAUAAUGAUAUCCAAGCUCUGUACGGCUCGAAUUUAUUCACCGACUGGUACAUUUAAGACUCCGUACUGAUUACAGCUUUCACAGACUCUAGCUGGCCAUGGCGACGGUAGUGAUGGAGCAGAUCGGCCGGCUGUUCAUCAACGCCCAGCAGCUGCGGCAGAUCCCUCAGCUGCUCGAGUCGGCCUUCCCUACGCUGCCGUGCACCGUGAAGCUGUCCGACGUUCCCAAGGUGUUCCAGGAGCGCCACAUCCUCACGGGCUACCGGCAAACGGACCAGAGCUGGCGCUACUACUUCCUCACGCUCUUCCAGCGGCACAACGAGACCCUCAACGUGUGGACCCACCUGCUGGCCGCCCUCAUCAUCCUAGUGAAGUGUCAGGAGAUCUCGGAGACGGUGGACUUCCUGCGCGACCCCCACGCCCAGCCCCUCUUCAUCGUCCUCCUCUCAGCCUUCACCUACCUCUCCUUCAGUGCUCUUGCUCAUCUCCUGUCUGCGAAGUCGGAGCUCUCCUACUACACCUUCUACUUCCUGGAUUAYGUCGGGGUGUCGGUCUACCAGUACGGGAGCGCUCUGGCCCACUACUACUACGCAAUAGAGAAGGAGCUGCACACGACCGUGCGGGGGUUCUUUCUACCCACCGCCGCUUUCCUAGCUUGGCUCACUUGUUUCGGGUGCUGCUACGGCAAGUACGCCAGACACGAUAUGCCCAAGUUUGCCCACAAGCUCUUCCAAGUCGUGCCCUCGGCCCUGGCUUACUGUUUAGACAUAAGCCCCGUGGUCCACCGCAUCUACAGCUGCUACCGGGAGAGCUGCUCCGACCCGAUCGUGCCGUACCACAUCUACCACGUGCUCUUUUUCCUAAUCAGCGCCUAUUUCUUCUGCUGCCCGCACCCGGAGAGCUUGUUCCCCGGCAGGUGUGACUUCAUCGGGCAGGGCCACCAGAUCUUUCACAUCUUAGUGAUGGCGUGCACCGUGCUGCAGAUCGAGGCGCUGCGAACAGACUUCACGGAGCGCCGGCCCUUCUACGAGCGCCUCCACGGGGACCUCGCUCACGACGCCGUGGCACUUUUCAUCUUCACCGCCUGCUGCAGCGCUCUCACCGCGUUCUAUGUGCGCAAGCUCGUCCGUGCCUCUCUCCACGAAAAGAAGGAGUGAGGUCAUUUAAAAACAAAAGAAAAAAAGAAAAGAGGGUUAAUUUGUUUUAUUCUGUAGUGACGGUUUUAAGUAACUAAUGUUUUUGUUUUGGUCUUUGGAAAAAUAUUGCUUUGUGACGGUGACUUUUGCUUAUUUCUUCUCUCUGAGAUCUGCCAAAUUCCAGUGAUGUGAAGUGACUGAGGAUGUGGUUUUGUGACCUAAAAGUGAAGAAAAGGGAAUCUUGUAAUGUGUCUGGAGCAAUGCGACUACUUCUCACAUAGCAACAGUUACAUCUGAAGUAAUACAUAACUUCUGUAUUCCUCUUCUAAUAUUUUUUAAUGCUUUUAUUAAUGGUCUAAAGGAAUGUUUUUAUCCAAGAAAUGUCCUUUUUUUAGGUUGGUAGAGAAAACAAGAGGCCUAUUCAUUAAAAUGCCUUCUUAAUUGUAUUUCAAAAGUAUUUGCCUGUUUUAAUCAAACUGUAGCAUUCUUACGUUAUGCAAGCGUUUAUUUGAAUAAUUCAGUCAAGCAAGAAUUUGUAGACCGCUAACCAGUUCUGGGAAAUCCUCUUUAAAGAAUCGUAGCARCGAUGAUUUAGCUUUGAUUUAUAAAAAGGUUAGUUCCGAUCUUUUUGUUAGGGGUUCAGUGGAAAGGUUAUAAACAGUUAGUAUUUUAAUUAUUGUAGAWAGGUCAUUAAACAACCUCAGUUUGGAGACAAACUAUCACUUGGAUCAGAUUGAUAAGCUAAUUGAUAAGCUGGUUAAUCUAGUUAAUCUGAUCAAAACUAAGAUUAAAUUUCUGGCUAUUUUUUAAAAGAAUUACAGUGUAAAAAAUGUUAUAGCAGUUCAUCCAAUCACUAUUUUAUAAACCUUCCCAAGCUGUUAAUUUUUCAUUAAAUGGUUAUUUUGUGUUGUUUACACAGCACUAAUAGCGGGAGCUAGCACUUGCAGUGUAGCAUGGGGCAAUUUCAACAGGGAAAUUAUAUUUCUGUUGCAUUAUUUGUGUAAUGCAAAUUUUCUAGCAAAAGUAAAAAAAAAUUGAGUUAAAAUAAAAAUAUUUGUGUUUAGAGUUGUUUUUAAGACAGCAGUGAUCCCAUUUGAUCUUGGCCCUGCUCAAACUAGCUUUAAACUCAUCAAUCCUGCAAGAAUUAAACUCGGUUUCUUCAACCUGCUGUCGUUAAAACGCUAUGCAGAACAGGUAAGAUACUAACUGUUGAUAAUGUUUACACAGGACUCCCUUUAAGGCAUUACCACAGAGCCCCACACGUAUUCGAACACAAAAAAAAUGAAAGUUUAGAAACCAAAUUGAAAACCAAAAAUAUUGAUACAAAGAAGACAUUUUUAUUUGAAUAAUAACAUUUGUUGAAAUGAGCCCGAUACUGUGUAUUGGUAAAAUAUAUAUGUAUGCAGCAUUACUGAAGUCACUUUUUUUGUGCUAACAUUAUUUGAAAUGAUAAAUCAAAGGGCUGAAAAUUCAGCUCUUGCCCGUCCCAUGAAGUCCGUGCUUUGAAUGCAUGUUUCUAUUAGCUGGAGAUGAGAGACGAGUCACAAAAGCCAACUCCGUUCUGCUUUUUAAGAUGUUUUAUUUUUGGUUUUUUUUUUGUACGUUUUCUGUGCCUCUACGCAUGUCCUUUUGGGAUAAACUGUGGAUUAUUAUGUGUGUGAAUGUCAGAGAAAGUUUGCACUUCUUUCUGUAAAUAAGUUAGUUUUUCUCCAUGUAGUUGCAUCUGUUUUAUUUAUUUCUUUUACUAGCAGCGUUCACAAACCGUUUAUUAUUUUUUUUACUGAUGAAAAAUGGUACAUUCCUUCCUAUUUUGACAAACUCUUAACAGGCUUUCUUUUUCAUACUGCUGCACUUUUACUCUAAAAAUGCUUUGAUUUCGUGUCUUUCAUUAAAAAAAAAACACCUCGCACAUGACUGCACUGAAAAUGUCAGAUCUUUAUCACGAAACCCUAAAUGUCAGAACUGAUCAAUAUUCAUGACCUCACUCUCUUCACGACGGUGUUUAACGUGCCAAUGAAUCUGUUAAUAUUUCAGUGAUGGUACUACUGGGAGACCGACUGUCAAGACGGGUGUCUAGCUGGGCUCGGUCUGACCAGUGACACGUUACUGGUCAGAUUUGGUGCAGAACACUUCCAAAUCUGAACCUUGUAAUGUUUCUUUUAAUUUGUUAUUUUUGACCUGGUCUCAUUAUGCACUGCCUGAGUAAACACUGUACAUAUACUGUUACUGUUACCGGCUAUGUUUACAUGCAUGGGAACUGUUAAUCCGGUUGAUUUGGGAGCUUGUUGUCAGUUCGUUGGAAAAUGUGAAAAAAUCUCAGAAAAUCUGAUUCAGAUAGACCGGUUCUUUGUUGUGAUAUAGGUGAUUUAUUUUUGUUUUGUUCUGUUUAUCUGAUGCCGUUGAUGAAAGGUGGUAAAAUAGGCAAAUGAUUUCCAGUUGGUAAAUGAUGUCUUUAAACCUCUCACCAGCCCUGUUUGUACAAAAACAGAAGAUUAUCGUUGAGCUCAAAAUGACUGAAGCAAUACCUACAGACUGUAAUUUAUAUCCUGUGGGGUUAAAGGUGAGCAGGAACAGUUUGAAAGUACCCCCUCCUCUUUUUAACUAAAAUGUGUUUUUAACAUCAUGGAUACUCUGUUUUAAGUUACACGACAAUGAACAUGAACUUGGCCAGCAUUCUGUGUGUGUGUGUGUGUGUGUAUGUGUGUGUGUGUGUGUGUAUGUGUGUGUGUAAACAUAGCUCACGAUAUCAUCUGAUGUUUGUCUUUAUUUUUACAGAAAAGCAGGGUCCGAGGGAUCAGAAUGUCUUCUGUCUCAACCAAUAUCUGUAACUGACUGUACUAAUAUUAUGUGGUAUUUAAGGAAAUAAAGUGUUUCUGUAACAGAA